AUGAAGCAGGCCAACGCGUGCCAGCACAUCAGGAAGCGCCUUGACGAGGACGGCUACCACACGCCGAUCGUGGCCGACAUCCACUUCACGCCGAAGGUCGCCUUGAGGUGCGCGGAGUACGUGGACAAGGUCCGCGUGAACCCUGGCAACUUCGCAGACGGCCGGAAGUCGUUCGGCACGAUCGACAAGCUCGACGACCAGGCCAUGCAGGAGGCGCAGGAGGCCAUCGAGGAGUCGUUUGUCCCCCUGGUCUUGAAGCUGAAGGAGCGCGGCGCCGCCCUGCGGAUCGGCGUGAACCACGGCUCCCUCUCGGAGCGCAUCCUGUUCCAGUACGGCGACUCCCCGGAUGGCAUGGUCGCCUCCGCCUUGGAGUUCGCAGAGAUCUGCCGCAAGCACGACUACCACAACUUUAUGUUCAGCAUGAAGUCCUCCAACCCGCAGGUCAUGGUCCAGGCCUACCGCGCCCUCGCGCGCAAGCUGUACGAGCUGGGCUGGGACUACCCUCUCCACCUGGGCGUCACCGAGGCUGGCGGCGGCUCCGACGGUCGCAUCAAGUCCGCCGUGGGCAUCGGCGCGUUGCUGAUGGACGGGCUGGGCGACACGAUCCGCGUCUCGCUGACCGAGGACCCCGAGCACGAGGCGAAGCCCUGCGUCUCGCUGCGCGCCGUGGCGGAGGCAGCCCAGGACAGGGGCGGCCGCGCGCCCCCCGGGGAGAGCAGCGCCCGCCGCAGCGGCGUCUUCUCCCGCCGCAGGUGCGAGUUCCCCGUCGACGUGCCUCUCAACCAGGACGGGUCCGUCCUGACCUUCAUCGGCGCCGAGGAGCUCGCGGCGCUGACGCAGGAAGCCCUCUGCGACCAGCUCAGGCUGCGGCUCCGGGCGGACGGCGACGCCCAGAAAGACUUCAAGAGCGUCGACUGCGUCGUGGUAGGCGGGGAUGUCUCCUGCGAGGCGGCCGAGAAGAUUCGGCUGCUUCUUAACACCCCCGUCGGUGUGCUCUGCUGGCCCGGAAGCAAUGUCCCCGAUGGCGUCACGUUCCUGCACGAUGCGGAAGCCGCCGCCGCCGGCGCUCCGUUGCCUCAGCGCAUCGGCGGCCACGCGCUGGUGUUCACUGGCGAGGAGACGGCCGACGUGGUCGCCAAGGCCCUCGAGAAUGUGGGCCCGCGGCUGCUGCUGCUGCGGCCAGAGAGCCAGGAGGGCGUCACGUUUCUGGGCCGCAGGUUUUUUGCUACCCUGGCCUCCGUCGACGCCGGCAGGGCGCUGCCCACGAUGCUGUGGUUCCGCUACCCGCCGGCCGACGGCCAGGAUGAGGAUGACUUCGUCAUCCGCGCCUCCGCCGACUUCGGCAGCCUGUUUCUAGACGGCUACGGCGAAGGCAUGCUGUGGGAGGCCAGCUGCAUGGGUGCCAAGGACCUGAUCGAGUCGUCCUUUAAUUUGCUGCAGGCGUCUCGCAUGCGCAUCUCCAAGACGGAGUUCAUCAGCUGCCCCUCCUGCGGCCGCACGCUCUUCAACCUGCAGGAGGUCACUGCGAAAAUCAAGGCGAAGACCAGCCACUUGCCAGGCGUCCGCGUGGCGAUCAUGGGCUGCAUCGUGAACGGCCCUGGCGAGAUGGCGGAUGCUGAUUUCGGCUAUGUCGGCAGCGGCGUCGGCAAGAUAGACCUCUACGUGAACUACGACUGCGUGAAGCGAGGCAUCCCCUCGGAGCAAGGCGUGGAGACGCUCAUCGACCUCAUCAAGGAGAACGGCAAGUGGCAGGACCCCCCUGAGGAGGUGGCGGCCCAGGCCGCAUGCGCAAGGCUUGCCUGGCAUUUGCUCGAGACUCUGCCUGAAAGCCUGCCCAGGUUCCAGAGGCAGGCUUUCUGUGAGGCACAGUCCAAGGUGCAGUUGGCUGCGCGGGGCGACCCCGCUCUGCUCGCAGGACAGAUGCGAGCGGGCGAAGUGGCCGCCAAGGGGCAAAGCUCCCACACCCACGGGCAGAUGGCUUGGCCAACGCCGCUGUGGCUUCCGGACGGGAUCAUUCAAAGGCUUGCCUGGCAUUUGCUCGAGACUCUGCCUGAAAGCCUGCCCAGGUUCCAGAGGCAGGCUUUCUGUGAGGCACAGUCCAAGGUGCAGUUGGCUGCGCGGGGCGACCCCGCUCUGCUCGCAGGACAGAUGCGAGCGGGCGAAGUGGCCGCCAAGGGGCAAAGCUCCCACACCCACGGGCAGAUGGCGGCGUGGCAUUACGAGAGGAGCAUCAGGCUGCUGCGCAAGUCCAUGCAGCGCGGCGGCGCUCUGCUCAGCGAGCUCAUGCUGCUGCUGGCGUGCGCGCUGGCCGAGGCGGCGUGCGGCCUGGCCCAGGAGGCCGCCUCCGGGGGCGUCCCACUGCCGCUGGAGCAACUGCUGCGCGCCGACGGCCAGCUCGGCCGAGCCGAAGGCCUCGCUAGCGCCGCGGGCCACCCGACCGUGUCCGCCGUGCUCCAGGCCGGCCGAGCCCACCUGCGCAGCCUCGCGGCCGACCUCGUGCUGCGCGCAGGCGCCUCGUCGCCAGAGGCGCAGCUGCCGCUCGCCACUGGCCAGGCCGCCGCGCUCUGGGCGCUGUGCGGCGCCGCGGACGGGGAGGACGAGGACGCGGCCGGUUACGGGCGCGCAGCUGAGCGAGAAACCGCGCACGUGGGCACGUGCAUCGGACGACUCGGCGACCGGGCCAUGGAGCUCGCGCUCGAGGCCCACGGCGGCGUCGCGCAGGACGCGGCCGCGGCCCCCGAGGCGGCGGCCAGCCUGGCGUUGAUGGCCUCCGGGGCGCUGCAGGCGGCCGCCGCCCGCCUGCGGGCGCUGCCCCCGCCCGGCAUGGAGCCGGCGCAGUGCAGCAGGGUGGUGCUCGCCAUGCUCUCGCAGGCCCUCCAGCUGCUCCCCCAGCAGGGCCACGGCGGCCACGGCGCCGCCUGCCUCCGGCAGUGUGCGGCGUUCGGGCCGGGCCUGUGCGCGCACGCCCACCUGAUGGCCUGCGAGGUGCACGCGGAGGCCCGCUCCGCCGGCGGUGUGCAGCAGCGGCAGCAGCGCGUGCUGUGGCACCUCGACCGCGCCCGGGCGGCGCUUCACGGCGCGGGCGCCGACGCGGACAGCGCUGGCACGGCCGUCAUGCUGGUGCACGUGCACGUCGCCCACGCGCGGCUCCUCAGCUCUGGCGUGGUCGCCUCGAAGCGGCAGGCCGAGGCCGCGCUCGAGGAGCUCGUCGCGGGGUGCCGCGUUCUCGCGGCGGGGGUGGCGAGACGCGCCGAGGGCGCGGCCGGGCCGCUCGCCGCUGCGGGCGCCCGCCGCGGCGCGGCGGAGGCGCGAGCGCUGCUACUGGAGCGGGCGCGGGGCGCGCUGCGGGGGCUCUGCGCUUCCGCGGGGCGCGGCGGCGCGGCGGGCGGGCCGUGGAAGGGGCUGUAUCGCGACGCUCUGGGUCUCACGCCUGACACCGUUCUCUCCCUGCCGGAGCUGUACGACAGACACUGUGCAGGUGGAGGACCCUGA